GAUGUUUCGACAAAUCCUGGUAGACAGACGACAUCGUAAAUGGCAACAAAUACUUUGGCGUGAAUUGCCAAAUGAACCUCUUCAAGUGUACGAAUUGAAGACGGUAACUUAUGGAAUGGCUUGUAGUCCAUUCAACGCAAUACGCGCACUGCGUCAAUGUGCGAAUGACAAUUAUGAAGUCAUCUAUGACCCAAGCCGGGCUGCCGCAACGCGUCAUAGCAUACUUUAUAAUUUCUACGUUGAUGACUAUUUGCAUAGCGUCGACAGCGAUGAACUUGCUAUUACCCGUGCUCAAGAUGUAGCGACUAUUUUGAAACAACGACAAUUAAUAUUGGGAAAGUGGAAUUCCAAUUCUACACACGUAUUAUCUGCGAUAACCGGUACAACAUUUUCUGCAUCCGAACUAGAGUUGAACAACUCAACAACAAAGGUUUUGGGUCUUUACUGGGAUCCAGUGAGCGACGAGCUCUUCUUCAAGUUAGGCUUAGUUGACGACACUUCAAUGCAUACCAAG